GGUCCUGAGAGUGUAUUCUUCUCAAAGUCUCAAGUUCGAAACCCGUUAGAUUCAAAUUGCUUAUUAAAAAAAUUUGCAGAAGAUUUUAUAUCUGGAAUUAGGGUUGUAUAAAAGGUAGGUUUGCUCGUUCUUAUUUCUUUUGACAAUCGCAGUGCAUACAGAUGGAAGAAACCUCAAAAAUGAAGAAGACUCUGUAUCUUCCGCUUGAAUUGAUCAUUCAUAUCUUAUUAAGGUUACCCGUUAAAUCUCUUGCACGUUUCAAAUGUGUUUGUAAGUCAUGGCUUUCUCUCAUCUCUAAUCCCUCUUUUACAAAUUUACAUUUUGAACUCAUUGCCGUAACACACGACCUUAGAAUUAUGUUCAUAUCAACUAUCCUUCAUGAAUCUCGAUCUAUAGAUUUUGAAACAUCACUUAACCAUUUUUCUACUUCACUCAGCCUUGAUUUUUUGCGUCCCCAUUUCCGAUCUGAUUUUAUUAUUGAAAUGAAAAGUUCAUGUAGAGGCUUUAUAUUUUUGAACUGUUCUUCAAAAAUCUUUCUAUGGAAUCCAUCCACAGGAGUUCACAAACAGAUACCUUUACCUCCUGUUGUUUCCUGUAUAGACCCUGAUGAUAUCUUUAAUCUAUAUGGUUUUGGGUAUGAUCACUCAACAGAUGAUUACUUGGUGGUUUCUAUGUCAUGUGAUUCAAGUACCGACUUAGCUGACAUUUCAUCAACUUUUAAUAUUUUUUCACUCAGAGCUAAUACAUGGAAACAAAUUGAGUUUACUGCAUUGUUGAACUAUAGGCACUUUCCUUACUUGGACGUAGGGGUGUUCACGGUCCGCUACUUGGACGACUCUUUUUAUGAACAGAGACUAGGGUUUCUCUGUAAUGGGGCUCUGCAUUGGUUGGCUGUUCAUGAGGAUUUAAAUAAGGAUGUUAUUUUUGCCUUUCAUUUAAUGGAAAGACAACUCUUAGAGAUGUAUUUUCCAAAUGAUUUUGACCAUGAUUUUAACCAAGACCCUACUGAUUGUGAUUUGUGGGUAUUUGGAGAAUUUCUUAGUCUAUGGGCUAUAGAGGAUCGCACUGUUGUUAAUAUAUGGGUUAUGAUAGAAUACAGAGUGCAUUCGUCUUGGACUAAAACUCUUGUUUUGUCUACUGUUGACAUUCCGACUCGGUAUUUUCAUCCGAUAUGUUAUACAAGAAGUGGUGAAAUUAUUGGAACAGAUGGUCAUACUGGAUUGGUUAAGUAUGAUGACAAAGGACAACUGCUAGAGCAUCGUUCAUAUUCUAAUGAUCGGGAAGGAUCUCAAGUUGUUGUGUAUAUAGAGUCUCUGCUUUCACUCCCUUCUGACAAUGAAUAAGCUUAAGAAGGUGACACAAACAAGAAGACUGAGGUAAUCAUAUUUAUCUUGUGCUAGUAUGAUCUAUUGAGAUGCUGCAAUUAGUAAGGCUUUAUAGGGUAAUAUGAUGAGCAGGUAUGCCACCACCUAAGCUGAAGAAAUAUGUUAUGGAAUAGUUGUUGGUCAACUAUGUGUAAUAUAUUUGUUUUAAAUGUUGAAAGCUUUAAUUGUUUGUGCGGUUCAUGGUUAUUUAUGCAUGUGUAAUGGAAUGAGUUCUAAUGUAUGUUGAGGUUACUAUUUAAAAUGGUCUUAUAUUGUAAUUGUAAUUUAUUUGAUGAGUUUAUGCAUUACAUGACUCUGUCUCCAUUCUAUCAUGGCCACAUGUAUUUGAAGGAAAUCUAGUGGAAGCAUUCUUUUAGAGAAACUGAGAUUUACACAAUGAAGACAAGGCAAAACAGUAGUUUGAUAAGAGAUUGAAUGAAUAAACAUGUCAAUGAAGUG